UGCAGACUACGAAGGACUAUACUCGAUCCAUAGAAAAGCGGUGGGAGUAGUCUGCGAUUCAACACAACAAAACCAGGAACCACACAGUAAGAAACAAAUGGAUGGCAAAGACAAACUACUAUGGCGACAUUCUGCUUUGGCCGGGCCUUCUCAUGUCGUGGUAAUGAGAGAGAUGUUCCCAUUACUGCAGCCCGAUGUGUUUAACAAUGGUGCAAUGGAAUCCUCAGUGAAUGGAUGUACUGCUGGAGGAUGUGUGAAGAAGACGAUUGAACUCAAGGAGUUUUUUUGCAGUGGCAUAAGUAGAGGUCUGGAUCUAAUAGUUGUGCAGUGUGGGCUCUACGGGGACGUGGUUUAUGGAUGCUGGGACUAUGAGCAUAAGCGACAAAAGGGACUACUUAGCAGACCUGGGCGGCAGCUUCACUGAGGAUGCUCCUAGACCUCCAGUUCCAGGGGAAGAAGGCGAGCUGGUUUGCAGUGAUGGACGCCAGUACGGCAGCCUUGGCUUCUCCGCGAAGAACGAGAGCCUCAAAUGCGAGGCGUCCGUGGCGACGCCCAGGCGACCUGACUUGGACCUGGGCUACGAGCCGGAGGGAAGCGCUUCCCCUACACCGCCUUACUUAAAGUGGGCCGAAUCUCUUCACUCUCUCUUGGAUGACCAAGAUGGCAUCCAUCUGUUUAGGACGUUCCUCAAGCAGGAGGAGUGUGCGGAUAUGUUGGACUUCUGGUUUGCAUGCAGUGGCUUCCGCAAACUCGAAGCUAAUGAGGGUAACGAGGAGAAGAAGGUCAAACUGGCGAAAGCCAUCUAUAAGAAAUACAUCCUGGACAACAACGGGAUUGUUUCCCGACAGAUUAAACCAGCCACUAAGUCCUUCAUCAAAGACUGCGUCAUGAAGCUUCACAUUGAUCCUGCAAUGUUCGACCAGGCUCAGACUGAGAUACAGACGAUGAUGGAGGAAAACACAUAUCCCUUAUUUCUUAAAUCUGACAUAUAUUUGGAAUAUACGCGGACAGGAGGAGAGAGUCCCAAGCUGUACAGCGAUCAGAGCUCUGUUUCUGGGAAUGGAAAAGGGCUAUCGGGUUAUUUACCAACUCUAAACGAAGAUGAGGAGUGGAGAUGUGACCAGGAGCCAGAGGAGCAACCCGAGUGUGACCCCGUGCCGAGCAACCGGCUCACUCAGAAGCUCCUAAUGGAGACGGCACCACAGCGUGUUGCCAACAGCGCGAGAUUCCAGGACAGUCACGAGUACAGGCAUGCACCAUGUCGGGAGCCCAUCAACCCGUACUAUGUCAACACUGGUUAUGCUCUGGCUCCUGCCACCAGCGCCAACGAUAGUGAGCAGCAGAGUAUGUCCAGCGACGCAGAAACAAUUUCCCUCACUGACAGCAGUGUAGAUGGGGUUCCACCCUACAGAUACCGCAAACAGCAUCGCCGGGAGAUGCACGAAAGUGCCAAAGCGAAUGGGCGAGUGCCACUACCUCAUAUUCCACGCACAAACCGGAUUCCAAAGGAUAUCCAUGUGGAGCCGGAAAGGUUUGCUGCAGAGCUGAUCAGCAGACUGGAGGGAGUGCUGAGGGAGAGGGAGGCUCAGGAGAAGCUAGAGGAACGGCUGAAGAGAGUACGAUUGGAAGAGGAAGGUGAUGAAGUGGUGUCCACAGCCACAGCAUUAUCCAGUCACAGGUUCCCCCCUGGUGCUUACUCUCAGAAUUACAGCUCCCGCUAUGCUGACAACACCUACAGUGGUCCUUUCCUGAGAGAUGCUCACGAGGAGAACCCUGAGAGCAUCCUUGAUGACCACGUCCAACGGGUCAUGAAGACUCCCGGCUGCCAGUCCCCAGGCACGGGCCGUCACUCUCCCAAGUCACGCUCACCAGACGGCUUCCCAGGGGGCAAAUGGACAGGACUCGGAGUGGCACAGGGUAAACAUCCAUCCAGGCACGGUGUCAAGGGAGACGCCAGCCACCUGUACCACCACAAACACGUGCACCACAUCCACCACGCGGGCGUCGGGAAGCCCAAAGAGCAGGUGGAGGCUGAGGCAGCCAUGCGUGUGCACGGCAGCAUUCCCUGGAGCAUGGAGACGAGUCAUUAUGGAUCAAAGUGUCGCAGCUAUGCAGAUGGCAUGGGAUCCAACCCCAUGGAGCACACAGGGUAUAGCAGCAAAGGUGGCACACAGUGUAAAAGAGCAUUCAAGAAAGGCGAGGAAGUUCGGCCGUAUGACAUGCCAGCACCUGCAGAGGAGAUGGAGAAAAACCAGAAGAUCCUUUUGUGGCUGAUGGAAGGACAGAAAGAAAUGGUUCAACACAAACGGAGCCCAUAUGGGAGUACCACUGGGUCCAAGAGGACCACAGGCCACGAGCCCCAGCUGCGGAACAACGUGCAGCCGUCUCACCCUUUUAUCCAGGAUCCCACCAUGCCACCAAACCCAGCUCCCAGCCCCCUCAUCCAACUGGAGGAGGUGCGCCGGCGGCUUGAGGAGGAAAAGAUAAAGUCUGGAACUGUACAACCCAAGCAAAGGUAUGUGAUGGAGGUGAUCCAGAGGGGUCGCACCGCAGUCAGACCUGCACUGUUCCCUUCGCUCAGCGUGGUGCCCGCCGUCUCUGACAGCGAGCUCUCCCAGCCCGAACACAAAGCCACUAAAAAGCAGCCAUGUGAAAACAUUACGGUGGCGUACUACUUCUGUGAGGAGCUGAUACCAUACAGGACGUCUGUCAAAGGGAGAGUCGUCACACUGGGCCAGUUUAAAGAACUGCUGACAAAGAAAGGGAAUUACAGGUAUUAUUUCAAGAAGGUAAGCGACGAGUUUGACUGUGGGGUGGUGUUUGAAGAGAUACGAGAAGAUGACGCUAUCUUGCCCAUCUUUGAGGAGAAGAUUAUCGGGAAAGUUGAGAAAAUUGAUUGAAUGUCACGUUGAAGAGGAAGGAGUCAGGAAGGCAGCGCGUGAUGGAGCGAGGAGCAGUCGGAUGGUGAAGAGGAAGUGUUCUAGGACUGAGACUGGAGAAGAAAGUGAUACAGUACAAGUGGAUCUAGGACUGAGGGGUAAAGCAGUGGUCAUGGCGGACGACUUGUGACGUUUGAGGCUCGGUAGCACCACUGCAGUGACGUUGGACUAGAAAAAAAAAAGACCUCAUUCGCUUCUUUGGAGUGUAAUGUAGCAUUGUAAAGUUUACUAGAUAAAUGAAGAACAAAAGUGCUACUAAAGCUACAUAUUUUUGCUAUGAUGUAUCAGAGGGUGUCCUUUCUAAAGUAACUACACUUGUAAUUUUUAUAUGUAUUGGUACCAGAUGUGUACAGUUUGUGUUAAAAGAUAACAAAAUUUUAUAUCUAUUUAAGUAUUUAAGAUGCUCAUUUUCAAUUCUAUUGAAGCAGGAGUGUCGCCCCUGUUGAAGACGAUCAAAAUCCUUUUUAGGGCUGAUUUUUCUUUUUUCUUUUUUUUUUUUUCUUAUUAAUUUUGAGAGCCCUUGGGACUCUUAAUGUUUCUGCUCUUAGUGCUUUUAAUAUUUCACUUAGAAGUACUUUAUUUUGUGGCAUUCAGUGAGGCUGCACUUUCAUUGUAUUAUAAACCACUGACUUUAUCCCAAUGUAGGCUGCAACAUGAAUUCGUAAAGCACCAAACGUGGUGGCCAGAAAAAUAGAAACCCCUGUGCAGUUUAUGGUAAUCCAGUACAACAGCCCAGAUUGUACUUUUAAGAAAAGUAUAAUGAUUUUUGACACUGUAGGAGAGGAUUUAUGGUCAUUUUUUGGGCUCAAACUUCAUAGUGGUGUUGUAAUAUAUUUCGGAAACAGUUUGAAGUAGAAUACAAUUCAGUACAUCAUCACAAACUCAGCCUUAAACAUGCUCUAAUUUGCAAUAGCUGUAACUAAGGGCCAUGGCUGUCAUCAUCCAGAUGUGUUUUUGAGGAUUUUUCUAUUGAAUCUAAUUUAGUGACAUUUUAAUGCUUCAGUUAUCCCAUAUGCAAAUCACUGCCUGAUGACAUCACCAAUAUGCAAAUACACAUAUGAUGCAUCUGGUGACCUUUAGCAACUUUUGGAACUAGUGGCAGACACUUUAAUUUGAAAAGACUUGAACACACUUGACCUGCCUGCCAAAUUUUAGCCUCUUAGGGCAAAAACUGUGCCUGCAAAGGGUGGGGAAAUGUUUGAUUACCAAACAACCAACUAACAGAGCGUGUUCUAGAGCUGCUGGUCGGGCAAAAAAUGACCAUAGCCUGACGUCCAUUCUUCACUCACACUCUCUCAAACAUAAACUAAAGAUCAUAUAUGAUAUUCAUUGUAGGGCUGCUUUACUGGGUUGCUUUAUUGUAUAUUAUACAGGUUGUUUUAUCUUUCUGGUUAUUUGUAUACACUGGAUGUGAAUGUAGCCACUGGCUGUGUUCAUGUACAGUGUUUUAUUGCAGUGAUUUUACCCAAGCCAGUUGAACUUUUAAGAAAAUUGACUAAAAGAAUAAAACAGUAGAUGCAAUAAUGUUUAGAGAAUAGGUGUGAUUGGAAAGUGCAAGGUGAACAUCUAUGCAAGUUGGGUACCCUAAUCUAAAAACAGCUUUGAGCAUUUAAAUUUAUUAACUAAAUACAAAAGUUGUUCAAAACAGUUAAGAACAAUCAAUCUAUUAAUAAAAGCCUGUUGGUUUUUUUUUUGUUUUGUUUUGUUUUAAUUUAGGUGUUUAGAUGAUAUUUGGCUGAUAUUUCAGUUGGGUCUCAGCCAAUAAUCUUCUCUAAAGGUUUUCCAAUUCUGGUGAUUAAUCCUGAUUGCGGGUGAGUAAUUUGACCUUUUUUUUUUUUUUUUAAAUCGUCAGUGCCAAUGAAAAUUUGCAAAACACUUAGUCUUGCCAAUUUUCUUCAACAUUUCCAGUUAACACUGAAUGACGCAGUUUCGGGUUCAGUUUCUAAAGUCAAGUUCUGCCUUCAGCUUUGAAGGUUAAUGUUGUUUAUGAAGCAGACGCCUUCCCACAUGUGGACCUGCACACUCAAGGUCACGCUUGCAGUGCGGAGAGGCUACUUGAAGUGGUUCAACAGAGAUCAUAUCACAGCAUUUUGAAUGAGAAGGCCAGUGAAUGUCAUCAGAAUACUAUCAAACAUGUAUAUGUUUGUGCAAUGAAGAUCACAUAAAGGCAUAUUUAAACAUACUGCAAGUGCUACUAUUAAGAGGAGGGCUAACAGACACUGAAACGUUUAUGUUUACAUCUUUUUUUUUGCCCCCCUGACUUCGAGGUCCGUACAUGUUUUUUUCUCUGACCCCCCCCCCCCCCCCCCCCCCAAGACUUAUUGUCUUACUUUUAAUCAAUGCUUAGUUGAUCGAUCACUUAAGAAGGGGCCUUCUCUAGCUUAUCACAGCGACAUCUUGUGCCUGGCAGGAAUGAAUUUAGUGCACAUGAUCUACUUUUGAUAGAUCACGUUACACCAAAGAGAAAAUUAAAAAGGUAGAUGGUUGGUAAUGUAGGCACGCUCUUGAAUUACCCUUUCACAUUGAUACUGUAUUACCCUUCAUUUUGUGGCAGCACUUUUUAUUCGGUGUCCUUGGUAUUAAUUUGUUUACAUAUAAACACUGAAGCUCAGAAUGUUCUUCGCAAUGGAUGUGGUGAUCUCUGAUUGUAGUUUCUAAUGCAUCUUGUUAAGAACAUCAGCUCUGAAAGCAUCAUGUGAAACACUUGUAGGACAUUUAGACCUUACUAUUAUUGCACACUGAAAAAAAAUAUGUAUCAGCCAGUUUUGUUGUCUCCUCUAUUUGCCAGUGUGGAUGAAACUUUUGCACUGGAAUAGCACAAACUGAAAUCAAACUAAGAAUCAUGUUGGGGAAGCAACAUGACAUUCAAGGCCAAUGUGAUUUUUUUUUUUUUUUUUUUCUUU